UUUGCGCGUCGAUGUUAUCACACCAUUUAGCGUCCCAACAUGGCGCGUGUUUUAGAGUGGGUUUUCUUUCUGUAUUUUGCCUCUCAUAUCCCCAUCACCAUUCUGUUCGACUCUCAAGCCUUGCUUCCAAAGGAGCUGUAUCCUCAGGCCCUGCGUGAUGUGCUGGCUAACUAUGCUCACGGCGCCAAAGACGCCCUCAUGGCCGACCCUCCCAUGUGGUUCAAGUCGUUCUGCUGGUGCGAAAUGACCCUGCAGCUCCCCUUCUUCUUUGUCGCUGCCUAUGCCUUCUACCAAGGUAAGUGUAAGUGGAUCCGCCUGCCGGUGAUCAUCUACUCCACCCACACGGCCACCACCCUCAUCCCCAUCCUCACUCAGGUCUUCUUCAACGACUUCUCCGACUCCCCGGUCCCCGGUCCCGCCACCUUCGAGGAGCGCAUGACGCUCGCCACCAUCUACAUGCCGUAUCUGGUCAUCCCCCUGCUCAUGCUGUUUGUCAUGGUGUUCAGCGACGAUUACAAACCUCACCUUCACAUCAAGUCUCACUAGAUUAACCAUCUACAUGCUGAGGAGGCAUCCUGGCUUCAAAUUUGUAUUUGCUACAGGGUGAAAGAGCAGGGGGAGGGUUAACAAUUAGUUUUUUACUCUCAAACAAGGGUUUUGUUUUACAUGACAACAUUUAUUAUUAGUACAAAAUGUACUUCUGCUGCCUGCCUAGGAUUCUACUGGUUCCACUAAAAGAUUGGCAGAUGAAAACCUGUUACAGUAGUUUUUGUGUAAAGAACUUUGUUAACCAUGGAUUGCCCAAUGUGAUGAAGCUAUUCACAGAAGCAGGUAGAGCUUGAAGGUUAUUGGGAUGGACACACCUCCAUUUCACUGAUUUUAUUAGAGGCUGUCUGUGAAAUUACAUUCCUUACUGAUUACUGACUAUAUCAGUUUAUGUGUAAGAAGAUGAAUCACUUCCUAAAGAAGACUUGUGCUGUUUAGUUGAAAAUUUGGAAGUAACAGUUUUAAAGAAUCAAUUUUAUAAUGACUUGUACCAACGCAGAUGAAAUUUCAGACUAAGUAAAAAAAACCUACCUAUUUGAUUAUUAUCAAUCAUUAAGAAUUUGCAUCUGGUUAUGUUUAAGAAGUCAUUCCCUGAAGACGACUUGUGCUGUCCAGUCAAUAAUUUGGAUAAGUACAUUUAAGAACAAUCAGUUUUCAUAGUGAUUUUUAUCAACAAAGAUCAACUUUCAGGCUUGGACAGACAGAUAAAAAAGCCUGUUGGAUCUGAAGUUGAAAUGUUAAAGCUACAUCCACCAUAAUAAUGUCUGUCAAUUAGUCACUAAUGACUUGGUUUUUGCUACAAAGUUUGACUUUAACCUUUGUCAUGCUUGGUUUGGGUUCCUCAACUUUGCCAAAUUUGUACACUGGUGCUAUAAGCAGGGUUAACUUAUCACAGUCGACCACUUUCAAGAAUGCAAACAGAACUGGACACUUUGUCCAGACAGUUUGUACUAAAGGGCCUUCUAGCAAAAGAUUUUAUGACCACAUUAAUUUGAUGAUUAUGUCUUUGGGUGAUUCUAGCGACAUUUUUGGCAAUACCUUAGGGGGAAGCCAGUUGUUACCCUAUUACAUAUUGUGUGUUUGAGUGAGUUGUGCUGCUCCAAAUCAACUAGGAUACAAGCUUACAUAUUGUGCCAAAUGUGGUGCUUUGUUGUAAUUUUACUAUACUAGGGAAAUGUUGAUUUGAUUGUAUGGAUGACAUCAGUGCGCAUCACUGUUCAUUCGUUUCACCUUCCUGACUACUUAGAUUUCAUAACAAAGGCAACAUUUUUGUUUUGCCAAACUUUGUUUCAUACGCUCGCAUCAAGUUUGGAAUUCUCAAAGGAUGUCAGCCAUACAGUCAAAUUAACAUGGCCUAAAUGAAAGAAAAAUUGUAUAUGAUUAUCUGUAAGAGGUUUGUAGCAGAAUCUAUAUACAAAUGUAUUUGAGUACUUUUUAUUCCUUGCUCUGAUCUUGACAUGGAAAUGUUGAUAUUCAAUUUUCUAUCUUUGUGCCUUAUGAAGAUAAUUAACAUUUUGUGUUGCAAGACUUGUUUUAUAACAAAAGGUCAUGAGAGUUGACCAAAGAUUAGCAGGGAAUCAUUAACAUCUAAUCAAAUGAAAAGGUAGGAAAGGAAUUGGAGUAAACUGAAAGGAAGAAGACUCGAGAAAGAAUUCAUUUUUGCCGUUGGUUUCCCCAAAUGCGUGCCUUGUUAGGAGCGGUAUGUAAGCAUUUCUACAGCAAAGUUUACAAAUUUCUAAAUACCUACAUGUGUUUGAAGAAAAAAGUGAAGAAUAUUUAAUUCAAUGGUGCUUUUAGGGGCUAGCUGUAAUGACAUGAUCACCUCUCAAAAUUUCGAGGUAGAAUAUCCAAAAUUAAUAUCUUUAUUGAUAUGACCACUGUAGCUGUGCUGUACUUGCUGUAUUUGCUGACUGUAUUUCUUCAGUUUAAAACUCUGUGCUUUCAACUUUGAUGUUGUGGAAGUUUGUAUUUUACAAUUGAUGUACGUAAUCAGGCAAAAAAUGUGUGUGUGAAGACAUUUGUUGAGUCUUAUUUGUAUCAACUGUACCAGUAUCUAUAAUAGCCGACUUGGCUUCUUAUUAUUUAAUCUUUCUACCUUUAUAGGAAAAGGUGAGAUCUCCAUGGACUUAGCUUUGGCCCACUUUUCACAAGACUGCAAUCACUGAAAGACUGUCUACCAAUAAAAAGUGGAAAUUUCCCUGAA